AUGGAGAAAAAAAUAAGCAGAAUCUGCCUUGCUUCUACACCCGAUAUAAUUCAUUUUCUACAAGUAUCUUGGGAGAAAACACUAGGAUCUGGUUUUGUUGUUACACUUACUGACGGUCAGUCAGUGUGGACUGGGACAGUUUCUGCAUCAGAGAUUUCCCAAGAAGCUGAUGACAUGGCAAUGGAAAAAGAGAAAUAUGUUGAUGAACUGAGAAAAGCAUUGGUGUUGGGAGCAGGACCAGCUGAUGCAUACAAGUUUAAUUUUUCUGAAGAUUCUGGUCAUUUCUCCUUUGAGAAAAACCUGAAAAAUGUUUUAUUUAGACUUGGUUCCUUCAACCUAGAGAAAGUUGCAAACCCAGCUGAGGUCAUUAGAGAACUUAUUUGUGACUGCCUGGAUACCAUCACAGAAAACCAAGCCAAAAACCAGCACCUGAAGAAAGAAAAUGAAAGGCUUCUGAGAGACUGGAAUGACGUUCAACAACGAUUUGAUAAAUGUGUGAAUGCUAAGGAAACUUUGGAGACUGAUCUUUAUAGACGGUUUAUUCUGGUGCUGAAUGAGAAGAAAGCAAAGAUCAGAAGCUUACAUAAAUUGUUAAAUGAAGUUCAAGAACUAGAGAAGAGCACUAAGCAUGACAGGGAAACUGCAACCUGUUCUCAAGUGAGUGUUGGCAGAGAUGCAAUCUAUGAUGCAAAUACUGAUGAGGAAAAUGAAAACCGGCCAGAUCCUUCUCUGUUAGCUCCAGCCACUUUAAUAGAAGAUGAUUCUAUUAUUUCAAGUCCUGAUGUCACUGAUAUUGCACCAAGUAGAAAAAGGAGGCAGCGGAUGCUAAAGACUCUUGGACCAGAACCUAAAAUGGCCUCUCAGGAGCAUCAGCUUCAAGAAAAAGAAAACAGUAGGUUUGAUCUUUCACUACCUCAGAUGGUGAAAAAGGAGCACAGCUCAACUGAAAACAUGUCUUUAGAAACUCUAAGAAACACCAGUCCUGAAGACCUCUUUGAUGAGAUUUAA